UACUUUCACUCUCGCUCCGCCAAGUCACGAGAAGGAGAGCAAAGCCCGAGGGAUGACGAAGAGUCGCGGCCGGAGAGGCUAGUGUUUUCCGUCCCUCCAUUUCCGCCGAGAUGGCGUCGGCUCCUCCCCUCCACUCCCGCCACCUCCCCCUCCUUCUCCCGACCCCUUUCCCUCCUUCCCUCGUCGCCGUCGUCUCCCUCCCCGCUCAUCAUCGUUCGCCGGCGUCGACCCCGCCUCUGAUUUCGUGCCGGACAUGUCGCUCCCUCGCCGCUGCACGCCGUCUGCCCCGAUCGUCCGCGCAGAGCGACCGGGCCUUGUCUGCCGAGAGCGUCGUCGUCGACAACGACUCAUCGCCGGCCUACACCGCCCUCGUUGUCGCCACCGCUAACAGAAUCGGCCUCCUCCAGGUCAUCACCCGCGUCUUCACCGUCUUCGGGUUGAAGAUUGAGAAGGCCAGCGUCGAGGAGAUCCAGGGCGACUUUGUCGUGAAGCGGUUCUGCGUGACAGACGGCGACGGAAAGAAGAUCGAGGAUCCGAAGAACUUGGACAGGAUCGUCAAGGCGCUCCGGGAGGCCGUUGAGAAAGAGCCGGCGAGGGUGGCCGGGCCGUCGGCCUCGUCUGGUUCUACGACUAGGCGCCCGCCGCAGAUCCUGAAGAGUAAUUUGGAUGGAGCGAAGGUGCCGAGGGCUGAAUUGAUGUUCGGGAUGAUGGAUCGUUACCUCAAGAACGAUCCGAUCAGCAUUCAGAAGGACAUUCUUAAUCACGUGGAGUAUACGAUAGCGAGGUCGAGGUUCAGCUUCAACGAUUUUGAAGCCUAUCAGGCCUUGGCACAUAGUGUGAGAGACAGGCUUAUCGAGCGUUGGCAUGAUACUCAGCAAUACUUCAAGAGGAACGAUCCAAAGCGCGUGUACUUCCUGUCUUUAGAAUUCCUUAUGGGUCGCUCCUUGUCAAACAGUCUCACAAAUUUGGGAAUAAGAGAUCAAUAUGCAGAGGCAGUAAGUCAACUAGGAUUUGACUUUGAAGUAUUAGUGGAGAAGGAGGGUGAUGCUGCGCUUGGUAAUGGGGGCUUAGCUCGUCUUUCAGCAUGUUUAAUGGAUUCCUUAGCAACAUUGGACCUUCCAGCUUGGGGUUAUGGCUUGCGCUAUCAAUAUGGUUUGUUCCGUCAGCAGAUAUUGGAUGGUUAUCAGCAUGAACAACCUGAUUUUUGGCUGAAUUUUGGGAACCCUUGGGAGAUAGAGCGUAUUCAUAUCUCAUACCCAGUUAAGUAUUAUGGGAAAGUGGAGGAGCAGCUUUUGAAUGGGAGGAAGUCUAAAGUCUGGAUACCUGAAGAGACGGUGGAAGCUGUUGCCUAUGACAAUCCUAUUCCAGGUUAUGGAACAAAGAAUACGAUCAAUCUUCGCCUUUGGGCUGCUAAACCAAGUGGCCAGUAUGAUAUGGAAUCAUUUAACACUGGUGAUUAUAUCAAUUCUAUCAUCAAUGGGCAAAAGGCUGAAACUAUAAGCAACGUUCUCUAUCCGGAUGAUCGUACUUAUCAGGGGAAGGAACUCAGGCUGAAACAACAAUAUUUCUUUGUGUCAGCAUCCUUGCAAGACAUAGUAAGGAGGUUUAAGGAUUCACAUACUGAUUUUGAUGUGUUCCCUGAUAAGGUAGCUUUGCAGCUUAAUGACACCCACCCUUCUCUUUCAGUGGUUGAGCUAAUGAGAAUCUUGGUUGAUGAGGAACAUUUGGACUGGAAACAUGCUUGGAAAAUUGUCUGCAAAGUAUUUUCGAUUACAAUUCAUACUGUGGUAGCUGAAGGACUUGAGAAAGUUCCAGUUGACCUAAUGGGCAGCCUUCUUCCACGUCACUUGGAAAUCAUAUAUGAAAUAAACUUUUACUUUUUGGAGGAUCUGAAGCAGAGAUAUGGAUCUGAUUUUGAUCGUCUGUCUCGAAUGUCAAUUUUAGAGGAAGGAGCUGCGAAGAAUGUCCGCAUGGCGAACCUAGCGAUUGUUUGCUGUAAUACAGUAAAUGCAGUCUCCCAGGUUCACUCAAAGUUACUAAAAGGUGGUGCACUCAAGGACUUUCAUCAGCUUUGGCCUCAGAAAAUUCAAUAUAAGACAAAUGGAGUUACUCAGAGGCGGUGGAUAGUAGUAAGUAACCCUGGUCUGUGCAAUCUUAUUACAAAAUCACUUGGAACAGACACUUGGAUUAGCAAUAUUGAUCUUCUCAUGGGGCUACGCCAACAUGCAGAGGACACUAAUCUUCAGAACGAAUGGAAAAUGGUUCGGAAGCUCAAUAAAAUAAGGCUGGCAGAGUAUAUCGAAACAAUAACUGGGUUGAAGGUCAGCGUUGAUGCAAUGUUUGAUGUACAGGCCAAAAGGAUUCAUGAGUACAAGAGACAAUUGCUUAAUGUCCUUGGGAUUAUCUAUCGCUAUGACUGUAUCAAGAAUAUGAAAGCAGAUGAUAAAAGGAAGGUUGUUCCCCGUGUAUGCAUCAUUGGAGGAAAGGCAGCUCCAGGUUACGAAAUGGCCAAGAAGAUAAUUAAGCUCAUCCAUGCUGUUGCAGAAAAAAUUAAUAAUGACGAUGACAUCGGUGAUCUUCUUAAACUGGUUUUCGUCCCAGAUUAUAAUGUUUCUGUAGCUGAAGUAGUGAUACCUGGAAGUGACCUUUCACAGCAUAUAAGCACGGCAGGGCACGAAGCAUCAGGAACCAGCAGUAUGAAAUUUUUGAUGAAUGGAUGUCUACUUUUAGCAACAGCUGAUGGGUCAACGUGUGAAAUUAUUGAAGAGAUAGGGGAAGAUAACAUGUUUGUAUUUGGUGCCAAAGUUAACGAAGUCCCUUCUCUGAGAGAGAAGAGGCGUGAUCUUCAAGUACCUCUCCAAUUCGUGCGUGUGGUUAGGAUGGUCAGAGAUGGUUAUUUUGGCCAUAAGGACUAUUUCAAGUCAUUAUGCGAUAGUGUGGAUGACAUUGGUGGUGAUUUCUAUCUUCUUGGGUACGACUUUAUGAGUUAUCUGGAAGCACAGGCUGCUGCUGAUAAGGCAUUUGUUGAUCAAGACAAGUGGACAAAGAUGAGUAUCUUGAGCACCGCUGGAUCUGGUAAAUUCAGCAGCGACAGAACUGUUGCAGAAUAUAGAGAUAAGAUAUGGAAGGUUCAGCCUUGCAGGUUACCUUUUUGAAUAGGGGAGGCAGAGAGAGUACAUCAGCAGUGAGCAAUGCUGCUCCACUCGGCAAGUGACAGGCUCCCUCCCUCCCCACGUACAAAUAAAACAACUCUUGACUUCUGAAGGGUUGGGGCUGUUCGAGUUGCCAAUUUAAGUCUUGAAGUGUUAAUAAGUGCUGGUGUUGGUGGCGCUCUGCCCACCAGUAGGGUUGGGGCGGUUCGAGUUGCCAAUUUAGGUCUUGAAGUGUUAAUAAGUACUGGUGUUGUUGGCACUCUGCCCAACAGUCUAAGGGGCGUUUUUUGGUUAGAAGUUUCUUAAAGAAUCAAUGAUCUUUAGCAGCCAGGAAUAGUACUGUAAACUACAUCGCUCGAUGUUCUGUGAUAAGUUUUUCUCACAGAAUCAGGAGGUGAUUCUUUGCUAGAGACAUUUUUACCUUUUUAAAAACUUCGUUCUCGAACUGCAGGUGCUUCUCUUGAAAAGGCGAAAGUGCAUCUGACUGUUGUUUCA